AUGACUGUCGUCGACCUCAGCCUCAGCCUUGUCCUUGGCUCUCUUCUCUUUGAUACCCUUGUACUUCUUCUCAGAUCUAGCAAGUCUCAAAGUUCUGUAUGCGGUCUGUUCUGGAACAACAACAGCUCUUGGCUCAGAUUCAACAGCAGGCUGCUCGAUUGGGAAGACAGCAGCAACGGAAACUUGCUCACCAGAAGGCUUGGUGGUCUUGUCAAAGAUGAUCAAGGAGUCCUUGUAUUUCUGGAGUCUAGCAACGUUGGAUUCGAAACUCUCGGUGGAUCUGUUAACUCUUCUGUGGUCCACGGAAAUUCCAAUGGUUCUAGCGUAUUUAGCAGUCAAACCAGCGGCCUUAAGCUCAGCAAGAGUGAAUCCCUUACCGGCUCUCACCUUUCUGUUGUAUUUGAUGGUUGGGGCUCUGACAACUGGUCUAAGAGAGUCGAUUGGCUUAGGAGCCAACUUGGCAGACUUAGCAGCUCUGGCUUGUCUUCUAGAAACCUUCUUUCCAGCUUGGUCCAAGUGGACUCUGACUCUUUCCUGCCAGUGCUUUCUGAAGUGGUUCUUAAGGAUUGGGAGACUUUUGGUAAGAAGAAGAACGCUACUGCUGUGGCUCACGUUAAGAAGGGAAAAGGUCUCAUCAAGGUUAACGGUGUUCCAAUCACCCUUGUGGAGCCAGAAAUCCUUAGACACAAAGUUUACGAGCCUUUGCUUCUUGUUGGUCUUGACAAGUUUGCUGGUUUGGACAUCAGAAUCAAGGUCACCGGUGGUGGUCACGUUUCUCAAGUUUACGCUAUCAGACAGGCCAUUGCUAAAGGAUUGAUUGCUUUCACAGCCAAGUACGUUGAUGAGUCCAGCAAGAACGAACUCAAGAAGGUUUUCACUUCCUACGACAGAACCUUGUUGAUUGCUGAUGCUAGAAGAAUGGAGCCAAAGAAGUUUGGUGGUCGUGGUGCCAGAGCCAGAUUCCAAAAAUCCUACCGUUAA